CGUUGAACUUCUCCCAUCUUUCGCCAUGUCCGCCCCAUUGUCUGACGUCGGUCUGUAUGGCCUCGCUGUGAUGGGCCAAAAUUUUGCGCUCAACAUGGCUGAGCACGGAUUUUCAGUGUCGGUGUGCAACCGCUCCCCCGAUAAGGUAGACACCACGGUCCAACGUGCCAAGGAUGAAGGCAACCUCCCUUUGGUUGGUUACAAGGACGUGAAAGACUUUGUCUUGUCGCUGUCCCGCCCCCGUAAGAUUAUCAUCUUGGUGCAAGCCGGCAAGCCUGUGGAUGAUACGAUCCAUGCGAUCUCACAACAUUGCGAAGAAGGCGAUAUCAUUGUUGAUGGUGGGAAUGAGUGGUUCCCCAACUCUAUCCGCCGUUCCAAGGAAUUGGAACCCAAGGGCAUUUUGUUUGUCGGCAUGGGUAUCUCCGGCGGUGAAGAAGGUGCGCGCAAGGGUCCUUCCCUCAUGCCUGGUGGUCCCCGCGCUGCCUUUGACGCGUUGGAACCCAUUCUCAUCAAGUGUGCCGCGCAAGUAGACAACAGCCCUUGCACGACGUACCUUGGUGAAAUCGGUUCGGGUAACUACGUCAAGAUGGUUCACAACGGUAUCGAGUACGGCGACAUGCAAUUGAUCGCGGAAGCCUACGACGUGCUCAAAAUUUCUGGUGGUUUGAGCAAUGCCGAGUUGGCCGACGUGUUCAAGGAGUGGAACUCCGGCGAAUUGGAAAGUUUCUUGAUUGAAAUCACGGCCAUUAUUUUGAAGAAGAAGGACGAUUUGCCCGGGGCCGACAAGGAUGUCUACCUCGUCGAUAAGAUUCUCGACAAGACUGGCAUGAAGGGCACGGGUCGCUGGGUGGUCCAAGAAGCUGCCGAACGCUCUGUUGCUGCCCCCACGAUCACGGCUUCGCUCGAUGCCCGCUACCUCUCUGGGCUCAAGGAACAGCGUGUGAUCGCUUCCAAGAUCUUGAACGGUCCAAGCGAGAUCCCGUCGGUGGACAAGCAACAGUUGAUUGACGACGUUCGCCAAGCGUUGUAUGCUUCCAAGAUCUGCUCGUACGCCCAAGGUCUCAACUUAAUCCGUGAAGCCGGUAUCCAGAACGGCUGGAAGAUUGAUUUGGGCGAGUGCGCGCGCAUCUGGAAGGGUGGCUGCAUCAUUCGCGCUGCCUUUCUGGACCGCAUCAAGUCGGCGUAUGUGAAGGACCCUUCGCUCAGCUCGCUCUUGAUUGACGCGGACUUCGCCAACGAAUUGAACGCGCGCCAUUUCUCGUGGCGCCGCGUCGUGUCGUUGGCUGUGGCCAGCGGUAUCCCGACCCCGUCGUUUUCUGGCUCGUUGAACUACUUUGACAUGUACCGCCGCGCGUCGCUGCCGGCCAACUUGACCCAGGCCCAACGCGACUUUUUCGGUGGACACAGUUACGAACGAACAGACCGUGAAGGCAACUUCCACUGUGAAUGGACUGCUGCUCACCACAACAUUGGCAACGUCGCCGAACGCAACCGUGGCAAUCUCUAAACAGCACGUCUAUGACUGCUGCGUAAUAAUGCAUAGCUCUUAUGGAAAGUGA